UUUAUUGAGACGUUAGAGCACGCGCCACUUCUCACAGCACUUAAACCCUUAAAAUCUCCUUAUAUCAUAGCACGCCGGCGCGCCUCCGAGCUCCGACGUCGGCAGCGGCGGACAUCAGAGCAUCUUCGCUACCUACGGCAGACUUUCAAUCUCCCUCCGUCGUCGUCGCCGGCUGCCCAACACCUAUUUUAGCCUUUGAGUUUUGCUGUUUUACGUCUUCCAGUUAUGGUGGGGCUUUCCCUUGGAGAGCAAAACUUCAUAAAGGGUGGAAUUGCUCAGGAUCUGCGAACCGAUGGUCGAAAACGAUUAGCUUACCGGCCCAUCUUUGUGGAAACUGGCGUCAUUCCUCAGGCAAGUGGCUCAGCAAGAGUGAAGCUUGGGGCAACAGAUGUUAUUGCAAGUGUGAAGGCUGAGCUUGGAAAGCCAAAUCCGUCUCAUCCUGACAAAGGAAAGGUUUCAAUAUAUGUUGAUUGCAGCCCGACAGCUGAACCAACUUUUGAGGGCAGAGGGGGUGAGGAAUUAUCAACAGAGCUCUCUUCAGCACUUCAACGAUGUUUAUUAGGUGGUAAAAGUGGCGCAGGAGCUGGGAUUGAUCUCUCGUCACUAUCCAUUGUUGAGGGGAAGGUCUGUUGGGAUCUUUACAUAGAUGGUCUUGUGGUUAGUUCAGAUGGAAAUGUAUUGGAUGCCUUAGGAGCUGCCAUUAAGGCAGCUCUAAGCAAUACAGUUAUUCCAAAGGUCCAAGUAGCAGCCAAUGCCUCUUCUGACGAGCAACCAGAGGUUGAUGUGAGUGAUGAAGAAUUUCUUCAAUUCGACACCUCAGCAGUCCCUGUUAUAAUUACUUUGACCAAGAUCGGGAAGCAUUAUAUUGUAGAUGCAACUACCGAAGAGGAGUCACAAAUGAGUUCAGCUGUUUCCGUUUCUAUUAAUAGGCAAGGGCGGAUAUGCGGACUAACAAAAAGAGGGGGUGCAGGUUUAGAUCCAAGUAUCAUACUUGACAUGAUAUCAGUUGCUAAACAUGUAAGUGAGCAGUUGAUAAACAAGUUGGAUUCAGAAAUUGCUGCAGCUGAGGCUUGUGAAGAGGAAACUGAGAUGGACAGUUAGUGCACUACUGCAUUUAUUAAUUUUAUGUAGUUUUUCAUGGGAUACGAAUGCGUUGUAGUAUCUUGCACUUAAAUGCUGAAUUCAUAAAAAGUUGGAACAAAUUGAUUCAACUAAACGUGGACGGAUCUAGAUCACAUUUUUAUGGAUUGUAGAUUUAAACAAAUGUUCGUAUAAGAGCAAACAUUCAAACAAAGGUAACAUCUGCAGUUUAACUUCUAUAACUGUACAACCUGGUGCAGAAUAGUGCCCGGGACCUUUUAGUUCAAGCAGUCUCAUAUGAAUGAGCAGUAUAUAGUUUGAUUAUAUUUUGUA